AGAUUCCUGACAAAGUGUGUGAGCGCUACAGUGGACUAGGGGAUCAGUCUUGUGGACUGUGUGUUUGUGAGAAGUCCUUUCUGCAGACAUGGAGACCCAUUUCCUGAUGAGAGUGUUGUGAGUCCGUUGCAGCCCUGUCACGCCCACAGCGUCCCCUCUCGGCCCGGGCGGCCCACCACGGCCCCCUGGCCUCCUCCAUGAAGGGUUACCAGGUCAGCCGCAGCCUGUCCCAGUACUCCUCUGUUGGAGAAGGGGGACACACACCGUGUGACUGCGACCCUGACCCCCGCUCCGUCCGAGACUACGAACACUACGACGGAGCGGGACACCCCUACUACCCCCCCGGGGGUCCCCCGAGCAUCGUUUCCUCUCCUCCCACUCUGGAGGGGGACGUUCCCCGUUCCCACCCUAGCCAUCACCCCGCCCCCCAUCAGUACGACUCGUGCGAGGAGUGUCUGUCCACGGUUGGGGGUCACGUGGCUAAGAUGCACAGCCUGGAUCAGUUUGAGAGGCAGCUUCCUCCUGACGGGUUCCACACCCUGCAGUACCAGAAGAGCGCCAGCGGGGCGGAACAGCGCGGCGAGAGCCCCUCCCGUAUCCGCCACCUGGUUCACUCAGUCCAGAGACUCUUCGCCAAGUCCCACUCACUCGAGGCGCCGUCGAAGAGGGAAUAUAACGGCACACGAGGAGGAGGGGAUUACCGGGAAAGAGGAGGAGGAGGAGAACAAAGGAGCGGAGGAGAGGAGGGCGUUGGGCAUCAUUAUUCGGGCCACCAGUCCCGCUCGGUGAAGCGCAGCAAGUCUCGCGAGCGCUCCAAGAGCGGAGAUGGGCGCAACGAGUCGUCCGGUCGGCGCCACCGGAACCGAACUGCCGGGUGGUGGAGCUCCGACGACAACCUAGACAGUGACAGCAGCUUUCUGGUAACCGCAGGCAACGCCGGGCCAGGUGGUCGAGGUGGCCACGAGAGUCUGGACGCUGCUAUCCAGGAGCUGACCAUGAAGAAACUGCCCAGACAGGGGAGUGGACCACCAGGGCCCGGACCGGGGGAGUGCAUGGCCUGUACCACUCUGGCCCUGGCAGGAGGGGAGGGUGGCGGAGGGGGAGUGGCAGGGUACCAUGGAGGGCCAGGUCAACACUCUCUGAAGAGGAGCACGUGGUCGGCCAUGACGGUCAGCCAGGCUAGAGAGGUGUACCCAUCGUCUGUUCGGGGAGGAGGAGGAGGAGGCUAUGACAAGGCCUUGGUACCUCUGGAGAACAAACUGAAGGAGAGGACCUCUCACUACCUACAGGUCCCAUCAGACGGGGUGGAGUGGGCUGGGCUUGGGGGCUACCCAGGAGGGGGUGGUCCUGACGGAGGGGGGGAGAUCCCCUGCAGGCGCAUGCGGAGCGGCAGCUACGUCAAGGCCAUGGGAGACGACGAUAGUCAGGACUCUGACGCCAGUCCUAAAUCCUCUCCUAAAACCACCAUCAUCGCCCAGAGAGAGGCCUUCAGACGCUCUGUCAGCAUGGACCACAGGUCAUCUGCGAACAAAUACUCGUGUAAGCAGUGUGUAGAUGCUACGCUACCAUAUGCUCACAACAUAAGCACGCCGAAGAGUCACGCACGCUCUCGGAGCUACACGCGGUCUCUGACCAGCUCACAGCUGGGUGACUCUCUGAAUCGUCAGUUUGAGGCGGUGUGUGAGACCAUGUUUGGAGAGAUAGAGAGUCAGGCGGUGGAAGCCUUGGAUCUGCCUGGCUGCUUCCGGACCCGUUCCCAUAGUUACGUCCGCGCCAUCCAGGCCGGCUGUUCCCAAGACGACGACUGCCUGUCCGUCUUCUCCAUGUCAGGACCCAGCAUCAAGGGAGGGUUGGUGGUGUUCAUCCCAUACCGUAAGGCUGGCCCUCCCCCUCUCCCUCCCCGUAUGUCUAAGCCUACGAUCUCUGUGAGGGCUCAGAGCAGUACAGAGUCUACCCAGGAUGCCUACUUCCAGAACACAGGCAAGCCUGCCCUGGGAAGGCCCAGACAACACCAGAAUGCUUCAGAUUGCACAGAUCACUCAGGGAGAAGGACACAGCGCUCCGGGGGUUACUACACAGGACCAGGACAAGUCCGCUCCCGCCAGCACUCCAACUCUGCCGAGAGCCUGGAUGGAUGCCCCCGGUGGGGCAGGGAGCUUGUACUCUAUGGGGGAGGAGGACAGGGACCCAUCAGAGUCAAACAUAGUGGCUCCGCUGAUAGUCUUCUGGAGGGGCCCAGGGGAAAGGAGAGGGGAGAGAGGGAUGUGGGACGGGCAGGGGCAAGUCUGGGGAAGUCUGCCUCCCUCCCACAGAACAGCAUGGCGCUGAGCAAGAUGGGAGGAGGAGGAGGAGGAGGAAGAGGAGGAGGACAGGAGGAGAACAAGACGGAGAGAAGAGGAAGGAAUUGGAGGCCGUCUAUCGCUGUACAGGUGGACAGUUCGGAGACCCUGUCAGACUCAGAUCCGGAUGGCAAGGCUCUGAGAGAGGUUCACUCUAUAGGGGUUCAGGUGGAGGAGGACAAGAGACGUGCUCGGUUCAAGCGCUCCAACAGUGUGACGGCCAGCGUCCAGGCAGACCUGGACCCAGAGGGGGGUUACCCAGGCCUCACCAUUGCUGUUCCUACCCAGGAUAAGAGUCCCCAGUUCGGCUGCUCCUUCCAGAGACACUCCUCAGAGCCAGAGUCAGCCGACCAGUACGCAGAGUACCACCGCACGGUGCACACCCAGGGCCAGUGGGCCUACAGAGAAGACUAUGUCCAGGAUGGUUACGCUACAGAUCCCCACCAGAUCCCCCCCCUGCCCCCGCGGGCCCACUCCCCUCUACCCCUCGCAGCGGACCGUGGAGGCUGGAUAGGCACACCCCAGCCCUCGCUGGAGGGGGGUCUCCGUAGUCUACCUGAUUCCGGUCGCGCCUCGCCCUGUCCGAGAGACGGAGAGUUCUUCCUACGCCUCCUUCAGACGGAGGUGGAGAGGAUGGAGGGAUGGUGUCAGAACAUGGAGAGAGAGGCGGAGGAGAACGAGCUGCCGGAGGAGGUUCUGGAGCUGAUCCGUAAUACGGUGGGCAGUGCCCAGAUGCUCAUGACCCAGAAGGUCCAGCAGUUCUUCCGUCUGUGCCAACAAAGCGUG